AUGGUACCACUGAUCCAGAGGCAUCAAGUGCCGUAUAUUCUCCACCACGUUGACUGGCCCGCCCAGUUGUGGUUUGGGACGCUUGCCCCAAAUUCCAUCCGUUCGUUUGAGGAAUUACAAGUGCGUUUUCUGAGGCAGUUCGCAAGCUCGCGAAGAGUUGGGAAGUCAGCCCUUUCCCUGAUGGAUAUCAAACAAGACCAGAAUGAGACACUGCGGGAGUAUACUGCCAGGUUCAAUCUCGCCGCUCUGGAGGUGCCAGAGACAGAAUCCCAGAUCAAGAAUUGUGCCUACGUCAGAGGGCUCAAGCCGGGGAUCUUCUUUGAUGAGCUGCAAAUCAGACCGGCCAGGGACUUCGACGACAUCAUGUCUAGACUACCGGGGUAUUUACAGUUGGAGGAUGUCCGGAUGGCAAGGAAGGCUGAAAAUGACAAACAUAAGGCUAAACGAGCCGAGGAAGCACCAAAGAGGCAGCGACACCAGGAUAGGGCCCCUUUCAGAGGGUUACCCCCGAGAGUACCUCCUCCCCAAGCAGAGGGACCACCCCACCAACAGCGCACCGUGAAUGAAGUUACUCGUUUCGACGAGUACACCCCUUUGAACAAGCCACAAGAGGAGAUCUUCCAUCUGAUCAAGAAUCAACCGUUUUUCAGGGCGCCUGGGACUUACAGAGAUGGGCAGCCCCAACAGGGACCCAAUAACAAACUGUGCGAGUAUCACAACGCCUAUGGGCACUUUACCAAACAUUGCGGGCAUCUGAAACAUCAGUUGGAGUUUCUGGUGCGGGCAGGUAACUUGGAUCAAUUUAUAGUCCGAGGGAACGAAGCUCAGGCACAGAGGCCAGAACAGAGGAAUGAACAGCGACAAGAGCAGGGGAAUAAUCAGGACCAUCGACCGAAAGAUAACCGCGAUAACAGGAGGGGAGCGGUGAUGGAAGUCACGGGUGCGGCAGAGGAACCGGUCAUCAGCUUCGGGGCAGAGGAUCUGCGGACGCUUAUGUAUCCACAUGACGACGCGCUGGUUAUCAUGGCCGACAUGGCCGGUUGCAUUGUUCACCGUAUCUUUGUAGACUCGGGCAGUGCAGUGAAUAUCUUAUAUUUAGAAUGCCUCCAGAACAUGGGAGUUGAAGCCCAUAUUGAACCAACGAAUGCCCCUUUAUUCGGAUUCGGGGGAGAAAUGGUCAUGCCAUUAGGUUUCGUGGAAUUGUCGUUAAAUCUCGGCAGCGCAGCCGCUAGCAGCAAAACUAGGGUAGUGCGAUUCUUGGUAGUGGAUAUGCCAAAACCAUCCUACAAUGUGAUACUCGGUCGUCCCGCCUUGACGGCGUUCUGA